AUGCUGGUGUUUGGGGGUGCUUCCUUGCCCCCAAAUCGGAAGACUUACGAGGCCACAGUGGACGAGGUGUGUGUGCAGGCACUUGGGGCGAAGAGCUCCUGUGAGAAUAAGCGGGUGGACCUGGUCUUCAUCAUCGACAGCUCCCGCAGCGUCAACACCCAUGACUAUGCCAAGGUCAAGGAGUUCAUUGUGGACAUCUUGCAGUUCUUGGACAUUGGCCCUGACGUCACCCGGGUGGGUCUGCUGCAGUAUGGCAGCACCGUCAAGAACGAGUUCUCCCUCAAGACCUUCAAAAGGAGGUCUGAAGUGGAGCGCGCCAUCAAGAGGAUGAGGCACUUGUCCACGGGCACCAUGACGGGGCUGGCCAUCCAGUAUGCCCUGAACAUUGCAUUCUCAGAAGCAGAGGGGGCCCGGCCCCUGAGGGAGAAUGUGCUGCGGGUCAUAAUGAUCGUGACCGAUGGGAGGCCACAGGACUCCGUGGCUGAGGUGGCUGCAAAGGCGCGGGACACCGGCAUCCUGAUCUUUGCCAUCGGUGUGGGCCAGGUGGACCUCAACACACUGAAGGCCAUCGGGAGUGAGCCACAUGAGGACCACGUCUUCCUAGUGGCCAACUUCAGCCAGAUGGAGUCACUGACAUCCGUGUUCCAGAACAAGUUGUGCACUGUGGACUACUGUGCCUCAGAGAACCACGGAUGCGAACAUGAGUGUGUGAAUGCCGAUGGCUCCUACUUUUGCUGGUGCCCUAAAGGAUUUGCUCUUAACCCAGAUAAAAAAACAUGCACAAGAAGGUGUCUCAAAUGUCUUUUAAGAUGGAAUAAGUUACUAAAAAAAGGAUUGAAUAAGUCAGUAAUGUAUGAACAGUUUCCUUCUUCUGUUUCUCUAAUUCCAAUUGGAUUCCCAGAAUUGGACUCCUGUGCCUUGGGGGACCAUGGCUGUGAACAUUCAUGUGUAAGCAGUGAAGACUCUUUUGUGUGUCAGUGCUUUGAAGGGUAUAUACUCCGUGAAGACGGGAAAACCUGCAGAAGGAAAGAUGUCUGCCAAACAGUCAACCAUGGCUGUGAGCACAUUUGCGUGAACAGUGAUCAGUCAUACAUCUGCAAGUGCCUGGAAGGAUUCCGGCUUGCCGAGGAUGGGAAAAGCUGCCGAAGAAAGGAUGUCUGCAAAUCGACCUACCAUGGCUGCGAACACAUUUGUGUUAAUCGUGGCAACUCCUACAUCUGCAAAUGUUCAGAGGGAUUUGUUCUAGCUGAGGAUGGAAGACGGUGCAAGAGAUGCACUGAAGGCCCAAUUGACCUGGUCUUUGUGAUCGAUGGAUCCAAGAGCCUCGGAGAAGAGAAUUUUGAGAUUGUGAAGCAGUUUGUCACUGGCAUUAUAGAUUCCUUGGCGGUUUCCCCCAAAGCUGCUCGAGUGGGGCUGCUCCAGUAUUCCACGCAGGUCCGCACAGAGUUUACCCUGAGGAACUUCAACUCGGCCAAAGACAUGAAAAAGGCCGUGGCCCACAUGAAAUACAUUGGCAAGGGCUCCAUGACGGGGCUGGCCCUGAAACACAUGUUUGAGAGAAGUUUCACCCAAGUAGAAGGGGCCAGACCUCUCUCCACACGGGUGCCCAGAGUGGCCAUCGUGUUCACGGAUGGACGGGCUCAGGAUGACGUCUCGGAGUGGGCCAGUAAAGCCCAGGCCAAUGGCAUAACUAUGUAUGCUGUUGGGGUAGGAAAAGCUAUUGAGGAAGAACUACAAGAGAUUGCCUCUGAGCCCACGGACAAGCAUCUCUUCUAUGCCGAAGACUUCAGCACGAUGGGAGAGAUAAGUGAAAAACUAAAGAAGGGCAUAUGUGAAGCUCUGGAAGACUCUGAUGGAAGUCAGGACUCCCCAGCAGGGGAACUGCCAAAGAGGGGCCACCAGCCAACAGAAUCUGAGCCAGUCACCAUAAAUAUCCGAGACCUACUUUCCUGUUCUAAUUUUGCAGUGCAACACCGAUAUCUGUUUGAAGAAGACAAUGUUUCACAGUCCACACAAAAACUUUUCCAUUCAACAAAAUCUUCAGGAAGUCCUUUGGAAGAAAAACAAGAUCAAUGCAAAUGUGAAAACCUUAUCAUGUUCCAGAACCUUGCAAAUGAAGAAGUGAGAAAGUUAACACAACGCUUAGAAGAAAUGACACAAAGGAUGGAAGCCCUGGAAAAUCGGCUGAGAUACAGAUGAAGAUUCGAAAUGCUCCACGUAUUUGUCCAUCAUUGUAUCAAGCGUUACAAUGAAAGCAGCUUGAGCCCCAAAGCUCAGGCUAUUGCUACAUCUAUAAAGUUGUAAAGUAAAACCUAACUAGUACUGAGAAAGCUGGUUUGCUAUAGAACACAAAGGCAAAAGUACACGCUAACUUGUAUAAAUUUGAGAAAGUCUUUCAGAACCCUAAAAUGAGAUUAUCAAGUGAGAACAAACAAGCUAUGCAAGAUAUUCUGUAACAUACUGUGGACAUGAUUUGCUUUUGCCUUGUCCCACCUUUGAGUGUUGUGAUCUCAUUUGACUACAAAAUAGUUUGCAGUCUUACUUCUGUAGAACACUGGCUAUAGGAAAAGCUAUUUUUUUGUAUUGGACUUUUAUCUUGAUAUAUGUAUAUGGAUGUAUGCAUAAAAUCAUAAAACGUAUGUACUUGUAUAACAAGUUGGAUUUUUUUAUACAAUAUUAAAAUUCACCACUUCAGAGAAUGGUA